AUGUCUGGGCAUGGGCUUAGUGCAUUAAAUGAAGCGGAGUCGAAGAUUAUCAAGGAUCUUUCACAAAGUCAUGUGCCGCCCAAGAAGAUUUUGGCUAACUUGAGACAAAAUGGCUUGGGUCUCGAUGCUUAUUCGAAACAAAUAUACAAUGAAAAGGCGAAAUUGAGAAGAUUAGCUAGGGGUGACCGUACAGUGAUGCAACAUUUGAUUGGGUUGCUUGAGGAGCAUAACUAUUACAAGUGGUUCCGUACAGAUGAAACGACACAUGCAGUUAUCGAUUUGAUGUGGGCUCACCCUCUAUCUGUCGAAUUGUUAAGUAAGUUUCCGUACGUUAUACUACUUGACAGUACUUACAAAACCAAUCAGUACAAAUUGCCUUUGUUGGAGAUUGUUGGUGUUACUCCGGUCGGAAUUUUUUUUACUGUUGGAGUGGUUUUUAUGCGCCAUGAAAAUGAAGAGCAUUAUACAUGGGCGUUGCAAAGGUUGAAGAGAAUUUUCCCCCCACAUACUCUACCUAGUGCACUCGUGACUGAUCGCGAGUUAGGGCUCUUAAAGGCGAUAGAGAAUGUAUUUCCGACUGUGCCUCAUCUAUUAUGUCUUUGGCACAUUAACAUGAAUGUGGGGCGUCGUGCUUCAAAGUGUUUUGGCAAUAGUAGGCGUCGAGGAUUUGCUUUUGUAGUCGGUCCGUGGCAAACUUUGGUAACAUCAGUGUGUGAAGAAGAUUUCUACCGGAAUUAUAGAGUUUUAGUGAACGAUUACGCGAAUCAUCCACAGUUGAUUGAGUACCUCCAAGACACUUGGCUGAUAUACAAAGAGAAAUUUGUAAAAGCAUGGACGGAUCUAGUUUUUCAUCUGGGCAAUACAUCGACAAACAGGGUGGAGAGCAACCAUAGAGCAUUGAAGAGAUGGUUGGCUUCGUCCACAGGUGGCUUUGACACAUUUUGGGCACAGUAUCACACACAGAUUGCAGAUCAACUUAACGAGAUUCUGGCAGAAUUUGCGAAGUCAAAGCGGAUUCGGGCCCAGACGAUUAAUGUGCCCGUAUUUAAAAUAUUGUCCAGUGGAAUUGUAACACAUUCUGCAUUAAUGAUGUUGGACGAUGAGAAAGAUGAAGAUAUAGACAGUUGCGUCUGUUACAUGAGGAAAUGUCUUGGCCUCCCAUGCAAACAUGAAAUUGACGCAAAGAUGAAUGCACGACGUGGUGUGUUUUAUGCGGAGGAUGUCCACAUUUUUUGGAGGACAUUUGUUUCGGGAUUCGGGCCUGGCCAAGAAGAAAGUGUUGGUUCUGUACCCGAUCACAGGUCACAGACUAUUGGCAGGCUAGACGGGUUAAUUGAUGAGUUGCGUGCACGUUCAGAAAUUGAGAUCACGGACGUGGCAGAUGUCGUUUUUGAACGAAUGCAUCCUGGGGCGACGGAAAUAAAUGAGCCACCAGUACUUGACCGCCCGAGAGGUAGACCGCGGAACAACUCCACACAGAGGGAUGACUCAGCACAUGAGUUGCCAUUAUACCCGGGCGAAGAAAAUUCGAGACGAGGACGAUCAAGAGGCAAUAGAGGCCGUGGUUCAUCUUCUGAGAGAUCUCGUGGUCGUUCAUCGACUGUGAGUGGACCCGAAAUGGGACGAAUGCCCCGACCUAGUUGGAUGCGAGAACUUCAUUUUUGCCUCGUUCCGGAGAUUGUGACCUGGACGGACGUUCUAGGGGAUGGUAAUUGUGGUUAUCGGAGCGUGGCGUGUGCAGUCAAGAACAGUGAGGAUGAUUGGAUGGAUGUUAGAUUGGAUGUGUAUACCUGUAUUAGAAUGCAGAUGCCGUUUUUCAAUGAUUAUUUCGGAGGUGGUAAUUCAGUGUAUCGGGUGUUGGCGAGUGUCGGCUAUUGGGAUAACGCUCCAGCACCUCUGGAAAAGUGGAUGACGAUCACGGACGUGGGCGUGGUUGUAGCAACAUAUUACAACGCGUUGGUCUUGUCGGCUAGUAGUUUGGGAAAUCAGACUUAUUUGCCACUUUGGGCUCCCGAAGGUGUUUCACAGUUAUCUUACCAGAUGACUAUACUAUUUCUUGAAGCAGGAAGCCACUUUGUGUAUCUGAAGCUGAAUGACAACUGUCCGCUUCCUCCGUUUAACCUGCAGUGGGCGAGAUACAUCAAUCAUACUGUUGCAUAUUUGCCAGAUGCAUUGCGGGAGCGACGUGAAGCGUGGGAUAGUCUAACUAGUGUUUGA